UUUUUCAUAGUUGGCUCAUAAUAACUGCCUUCUUUUCAUCUAUGGUAUUACUUUUUUACUUUGUAUAUAAAUUUAUGAAAGUUCUAAGAUGCACUGAUUCAUGUAGCAGACAUUUCCUGAGCAUGAGCUAUACACCUUGCACCAUGCUAGGUAUUGGGGGAUUCAGAGGUGAAUGUGGGGUACAUGGUCACAGGGAGAAUAACAAUAAGCAAAGAUACUGAGAAAGUGACCUAGAUGCACACUGGUCAAAGAGCUUGCUUCACGAGAACGUUAAGGAAGAAUCACGCAAAGAAAUUUGGUACCUGUAUGUGGGUUAAAGAAACUGAAGGGCCCUGGUAAUGCAGUGAUAAUAAUAAAAAAAUAGCUACAUUAUUUUUGGAAAGUUAGAGUUCAAGUUUUGGGUUUGUGUUUUGGGCAGUGCUGUAAACAGUGAGAACUGACUGUGGGUUACGGGAUAGGAGUUGAGCAUUCUGGAAGUGUAAACCAGAUGGAAGUGCAGUGGCUGAUCCAGGUGCUGCAGUGGUGACAUCAGGGAGUUUGAAUCUUACCUCCUUAUUGCCAGCUACCUGCAGUGUCCACUGACCUGUUCAUAUAUAGUUUCCUCAGCCAUUCCCCCCGCUCCCCCCAAAAAAAUAUUAAACUGUAGGCUAUAUCUCUUGCUGGUGAAAAAUUCUUUCACCCACUUUUUUAUUACUGAAAGUAUAACUUUCCCAUAGGUCGAUGGCAUUCUCAAUCUAGGGUGGUUCUUUCUGAUUCUUAGUUUUAAAUUUUUCAUUUUUAGUGGUCUAGAAGAAUGAGAUAUUUGAAACUCUGUGAUGACUGUCAUGUAAUUUUAAUUUUUUCUCCUAGAAUUCUUGAUCUUAUUUUUUUUUUAUUAUGACGUUAACUUCUCACACCCUUGAGAGUAAGUGAUCAUCUUUACAGUGUGAAUAGGUAGUGUCUUUUGGUAAAUAAUUUUGUAGGGCUGGUUGUUUCAUCAGAUGUGGUCAGAAACUGUGUUUAAGGAAAUCUUGUAUAAUUCAGAUGUCUUAUCUAACAAUCUUUUUUUUUAAGAGAUUGUUUAUACUAGUUAAAAUUCUGUUGUAAAUAGUACUGUUGAAAUUCUUUCAGGUAAGAUGCACUUAAAGUAACACUACACUUCUCUUAAUUUUCAGGAAGUAUUUGGAUCGUGAGCUAUUACAGAACUCUAUUCUCAGGACCCAUUAUUUUAACAUUUUGGAGAAAAAUAUCCAGAAGAUGCCCGCUUGACUGAUGGAGUACCAGGGAAUCUGAAGACUCUAGAUGACAUCAGAGCUCCUUUUCAACAGCCUUCUCAGUUUCCUUUCUCAGAAAGCAGAGGCUCAAACUUUGGAGACAGACGAACGUUGAUACUUGCAUUUAAUGGAGAGCAAAAGAUGAAGAAGGAAAAGCAGUAUAUUCACUAAAGAUUACAUCUUGCUGCUACGGACCCUUGUGUUAAGGAAUUCUUCUGCUUAGGAGUUGAUCAGCUCUUCGGUCAGACUGCAUUGGAGUUUGCCUACCCUUUAUCUGGUCAUUGCCAGAAGAAAUCCCAGUCGGAAUGUAACAGUAGAUCUCUGUCUAUUUGCUAUGGAAGGUGAUAAACUGACACUCACUUGUUAAAGUUACGCUCACUCACCCACAGAAAACCAUUCUUUAAAGUGAAUAGAAGCCAAGCCCUUGUGAAUACUUCUAUUGAACAUGACUCAUGGAGAAGAGCUUGGCUCUGAUGUGCACCAGGAUUCUAUUGUUUUAACUUACCUAGAAGGAUUACUAAUGCAUCAGGCAGCUGGGGGAUCAGGUACUGCGGUCGACAAAAAGUCUGCUGGGCCUGAUGAAGAAGAUCAGAACUUUAACAUUUCUGGCAGUGUUUUACCUGCCUGUCAGAGUAAUGGUCCAGUUCGCAAUACGCAUACAUAUCAGGGAUCUGGCAUGCUACAUCUCAAAAAGGCCAGACUCUUGCAAUCUUCUGAGGACUGGAAUGCAGCGAAGCGGAAGAGGCUGUCUGAUUCCAUCGUAAAUUUAAACGUAAAGAAGGAGGCUUUGCUAGCUGGCAUGGUUGACAAUGUGCCUAAAGGCAAACAGGAUAGCACAUUACUGGCCUCUUUGCUUCAGUCAUUCAGCUCUAGGCUGCAGACUGUUGCUCUGUCGCAACAAAUUAGGCAGAGCCUUAAGGAGCAAGGGUAUGCUCUCAGUCAUGACUCUCUAAAAGUGGAGAAAGAUUUAAGGUGCUAUGGCGUUGCAUCAAGUCACUUAAAAACUUUGUUGAAGAAAAGUAAAGCUAAAGAUCAAAAGCCUGAUACCAAUCUUCCUGACGUGAGUAAAAACCUCAUCAGAGAUAGGUUUGUAGAGUCACCUCAUCCUGUUGGACAGAGUGGAACAAAGGUCAUGAGUGAACCCUUGUCAUGUGCUGCAAGAUUACAGGCUGUUGCAAGCAUGGUAGAGAAAAGGGCUAGCCCUGCCACUUCGCCUAAACCUAGUGUUGCUUGUAGCCAGUUAGCAUUACUCCUAUCAAGUGAAGCCCAUUUGCAGCAGUAUUCUCGGGAGCAUGCUUUAAAAACACAAAAUGCAAAUCAAGUGGCAAGUGAAAGACUUGCGGCGAUGGCUAGAUUACAGGAAAACGGCCAGAAGGAUGCUAGCAGUUUCCAGCUCUCAAAAGGAGUGUCAGGCCAUCUUAAUGACCAGGCAAGAACAUCGUCAAGCAAACCAGUCGCCAGCAAAAGUAGUGCUACAACAUUUCAGAGUCCAAUGGGUAUUGUCCCUUCUUCCCCCCAAAAUUCAGGCUAUAAGAACUCACUGGAGAGAAACAGUGUAAAACAAGCUGCUAGUAAUAGUUUGCUUUUACAUCUUCUUAAGAGCCAGACCAUACCUAAGCCAAUGACAGGACACAAUCAUAGUGAGAGAGGAGGCAUUUUUGAGGACAGCAGUACACCUACCACUAUCGAUGAAUAUUCUGAUAACAAUCCUAGUUUUACAGAUGAUAGCAGUGGUGAUGAAAGUUCUUAUUCCAACUGUGUUCCCAUAGACCUGUCUUGUAAACAUCGAAUCGAAAAGCCAGAAUCUGACCAACCCGUUUCUCUGGAUAACUUAACUGAAUCCUUGCUAAACACUUGGGAUCCAAAAGUCCCAGACGUAGAUAUCAAAGAAGAUCAAGAUACCUCAAAGAAUUCUAAACUAAAUUCACACCAGAAAGUAACACUUCUUCAGUUGCUACUGGGCCAUAAGAAUGAGGAAAGUGUGGAAAAAAACACCAGCUCUCAGGGAGUACACAGUGAUGUGACAAAGUUCAGUUCACAAAGUUAUACGAGGACUUCUGUAAUAGAAAGCCCCAGUACGAAUAGGACUACUACUCCACUGAGCACUCCACCAUUACUUACGCCAACCAAAGCAGAGUCCCCCAUCAAUCUUUCUCAGCAAUCUCUGGUCAUCAAGUGGAAUUCUCCACCCUAUGCCUGCAAUACUCAGUCUGAGAAGCUAAUGAAUACUGCCUCUAACCACUUGAUAGACCUUACAAAAAACAAAGAAUCUCAAGCAGAGAAACCGGUCCAAAAUGAAGGUGCACAAAACUCUGCAACUUUCAGUGCCAGUAAGCUGUUACAAAAUUUGGCACAGUGUGGGAUGCAGUCUUCCAUGUCGGUAGAAGAGCAGAGACCCAGUAAACAACUGUUAACUGUAAAAGCAGAUCAGCCCAUAGGUAUGAUCGAUAGAUUAAGUAGUCCUCGGCUCUCAAAUAAAACGAAUGCAGUUGAAGAAAAUAAAGCAUUCAGUAGUCAGCCAGCAGCUCCUGAACCAGGACUCUGUGGUUCUGAAAUAGAAAAUCUGCUUGAAAGACGUACCGUCCUCCAGUUGCUCCUGGGGAACCCCAACAAAGGCAAGAGUGAAAAGAAAGAGAAAAUUCCUUUAAGAGAUGAAAGUACUCAGGAACACACAGAUAGAGCUUUAAGUGAACAAAUAUUGAUGGUGAAAAUAAAAUCUGAGCCUUGUGAUGACUUACAUAGUCAUAAUACAAAUGUGCACUUGAGCCACGACGUGAAGGGUGGCCCAUUCUUAGGCAUGGCUCCUGCCACGCAGAGAAGCACGGCUGCCUUACCAGCCUCUGAGGACUUUAAGUCAGAGCUCGCUUCACCUCAGGAUUUUUCUUUCUCAAAGAAUGGUCUGUUAAGCCGAUUGCUGAGGCAAAAUCAAGAGAGUUACCUGACAGAUGAGCUGGGCAAGAGUCACAGAAACAGUGAACGGACACUUGUAGAAUCCAAGAAUCUUUGCAUGGUCCCUAAGAAAAGGAAGCUUUAUACUGAGCCUUUAGAAAAUCCAUUUAAAAAGACGAAAACUAACAUUGUUGAUGCUGCAAACAAUCACAGUGCUCCAGAGGUCCUGUAUGGGUCCUUGCUUAACCAGCAGGAGCUGAAAUUCAGCAGAAGUGAUCUUGAAUUUAAAUAUCCCACAGGUCAUGGCUCAGCCAAUGAAAGUGAACAGAGGAGUUGGACCAGAGACAGCAAAAGCUUCAAUGUUCUGAAGCAGCUGCUUCUCUCAGAAAACUGUGUGAGAGAUUUGUCUCAACACAGGAGUAACUCUGUGGUUGACAGUAAAAAGAAAGGACACAAAAAUAAUGUGACAAGUAGCAAACCUGAAUUCAGCAUUUCCUCUUUAAAUGGACUGAUGUACAAUUCCACUCCGCCCAACAGCUGCAUAGAUAACAGGACGUUCUCAUAUCCAGGGGUUGUAAAGACUCCUGUGAGUCCUCCUUUCCCUGAGCAUUUAGGCUGUGCAGGGUCGAGACCAGAAUCUGGGCUUUUGAAUGGUUGUUCGGUGCCCAGUGAGAAGGGGCCCAUAUAGUGGGUUAUCACAGAUGUGGAUAAGAAUGAAUAUGAAAAGGACUCCCCAAGACUGACCAAAACUAACCUAAUACUGUAUUACAUGCUCCAAAAAGUAGGCAAUUCUGUUACCAGUCGAGAAACACAGGACAAGGACGUUUGGAGGGGACCUUCAUGUGCCGAAUGUGUCUCACAGGUUACUGUCCAAGAAGAGUUACUUCCUGUUGCAGACACUAAAGCUUCUUUCUUUAAUUUAAGAAGCCCUUACAAUAGCCAUAGGGGAAAUAAUGCUUCUUGCCCACAGAGCGCAAAUGGAGAAGUAGUUUGUGGACUUCUGGGAAACGUGCUAACAAUAAAACAAGAAUCAGAAUAAAAUGUACCUGCUAUCCAGCUUUGGAUCUUUUUAAAACUAAUUAGUAUGAACUUGAGAUCUGUAUAAAUAAGAGCAUGAUUUGAGAAAAGCAUGGUAUAAUUGAAUCUUUUUAUUUUGAAAAGUAUUGGUUAUUGGUGAUGUUUAAAUAGGCAUACUACUUUUUUGCUUUACAUUAGAUGUCAUGAGGAAACUACUGAACUAGCAGUUGGUUGUUUUAACACUUCUGUAUGCAUCAGACAACAACUGUGAGUAGCCUAUGAAUGAAAUUAUGUUAUAAUCAUAGAUAAUGGACAUAAAUUAAAAUGUAACUCCAUCCAUAGUGGAUCACUGCAUUUUGCUGCCUUUCAUCCCGUCCCUUUGUUAGGGUACUUUAUUUUGCACUUUGGCAGUCAGUUCACUUUUUUUUUUUUUUUUUGAAGUCCAAACAAAUAACUAUAAGCGAUAAUUACUAAAUAAAAAACCUAGUGCUGAUUCACUUUCAUAUCCAAUUCAGUACUAAAUUAGGGAAAAAAUGCUUCCAUUUUUUCACUUUUGCUAAAAAAAAAAAAAAAAAAUUAUUUUUAA